ACCGUACCUCUUCAAGUCUCCCUGCUCCACCUCCUCCAGUCACCACCAUGCCUUCGAGCUCGUUCAUGUCGCCGCCGUCGCCCCGUCACGAAUCUCGCUUUCGUUUUGCUCGAAAGGCCUCAUCAACCUUCACUAGUCCUGCUGAUUCACCAGCAUCUACGCCCCCAAAGCACGGGCCUCUUCACGACCUCAAACGUCUGCUCCAUAACCAUAUCGACCAGCACCAUUCUCAGCACUCGGGUGGCACUGACAAGGCCUCUUCCCGUAAACGCUCGCCUUCGUCUUCGCAGCCGUCACCGUCGUCUCGUAGCUCGCCAGUCCCAGAAAGCUAUUUACAGCCAGAUGAACCGCCGCCUGUAUCGGGCAGCAAUACACCUUACCACCAUCACAACCCCCACCACCAUCACCACCCCAUUCACUCUCUACAAGAAGCCACUCAAGCCCACCUCUCAAAAAAGUACGGCAAGUGGGGUCGGGUUCUUGGCAGCGGCGCUGGCGGCACCGUACGGCUCAUCAAGGCGAGCACGAAGAACGGGGGAACUAUCUUCGCUGUCAAGGAAUUUCGGCCUAAGCGGACAGGCGAGAGCGAGAAGGAGUAUCAGAAAAAGGUCACCGCGGAGUUUUGCGUUGGUUCUACCUUGAAGCAUAGGAACAUUAUCGAGACUGUAGAUAUUGUCUCAGAUCACGGUCAUUACUAUGAGGUGAUGGAGUACGCCCCGUACGACCUCUUCUCUGUCGUUAUGUCUGGGAAAAUGUGCAGACCCGAGAUAUACUGCGUUUUCCGGCAAAUUUGUGACGGCGUCGAGUACCUUCAUGAACUCGGACUCGCUCAUCGUGAUCUCAAGCUAGACAACUGCGUCAUGACCACCGACAACGUUGUGAAGCUCAUCGAUUUUGGCACUGCCACCGUAUUUCACUAUCCCGGCAAGCCCUCGCAUACGCCGGCUACGGGCGUGGUCGGGAGCGACCCCUACCUCGCUCCGGAGGUCUUGUCCAGCGAUUCAUAUGACCCCAGAAAGAGCGACGUGUGGAGUGUGGCUAUUAUCUUUCUGUGCAUGGUCCUUAGGAGGUUCCCCUGGAAAAUCCCAGAUCCGAAACAGGACCCUAGCUUCAAAGCAUUUGUGAAUGCCCACCCAGACCUCAGCGUCGCUCCUACGCCGACCCCCAAACGAGGCCUGACGGUUCCCGUCACUCCAACGGUUAACGGAACGCAUAAUUUACAUGGGCGCGCAGCGACAAUACACUCGACCUUGAACGGCGAUAGCAGUCCACAACCUCUUCUACCUCCUCCGCAGCUUAACCUCAAUGGCUUACAAGCCAAUUGCGAUUCGGAAGUAGCGUCGAUAGUUGCUCCGUCGAUAGGCAAUCCAGAAACGACCUCGAUAGCCACGUCUGAUGAUGGCUCCGAGUCGGAGUCAAACGUUCCGAUAAGAGAGUCGCGCUCGAAUUCUCACUCGUCUUCCUCUACCAACUCAGUGGUCGUCGCAUCUGAAGAUAAGCUCAUGUUUACUACGUUUGAUGGACCAGUCAGCCAGAGUACAGCUACAUUACCCUUGAUGAGCCCUCACCGCACACUUCAAUCUCCGCAUCUUCCACAUACGCGGCUACCUACAUCGGACAACGGCCAAGAUAUGGAUCCUUCAGUGCGGGUGUUUGAUCGGCCAGGGUCGUCGACAGAAUCACUGCCUCUCAGUCCGCGGUCGUACGCUAAGGUAUUUCCGACGACAGGUGGAGUGAGUACUAGUGAAGAGGUGCUUGCCACACCGCGGCCUCGGCCCAUCGAGAGGGCGCGAGCGACGACGUUUGACGGGACGGUGAGAAGAACACCUGCCGCGCAGGUCGAAGUAAUGGGCGGUGUCAAGGAGGAGGAGACUGAACCUUCAGAAAAGAAGGAAAAACCGCCACCUGCUGCCGAUAAACCCUCCACUCCUGCCAUUAAGAAGCGUACUCGUACUGACAGUGUCACUACGUUUCAUGGGGGAGGUGCAGAAAGUAUAUUCCGACUGCUACCCCGUGAAACGAGGCCAGCGCUCCGGCGGAUGCUUUUCGUCGAGCCUAGCGCACGGUGUACGCUGACUGACCUAUUGAAAGGGCGUGGAAAAGGGAGCCGACUCUUGUGUGGUUGCGAACCUUCAAUAUGUGGUGAGGUUGAGUGCGUGGAUCAUGACGGUGAGGAGGACGAAGGUGACGAGUGGUUGAAGAGCAUUCGGCCAUGUAGUGACUUGAAGAGGGGUGAAAGGGCGGAACAUGUUCAUGUCAAGGUCACCGUGGACGAGAAACAAGGGAAGAGGAGAUUCUUCUAGCAAGAAGUCAGCGCUAUAUAUGUGCAAUCUACCUUUAGAUACCUACGGGACUCAAAACCACCGCCACAUUAUCAGAUUUUGUUUCUUAUGCUUUCUCCAUAGACCAUUGCUUGCUUGUGAUGUAAUUAUACAAUACAACUAAUCUAUAACAGGCACGGCGCAUGUAUGACUACGAUAAAGCACACUGCGUGCAAGGCAGAUCCGCAAUGCAAC